AUGAACACUACGGAACAGGACAAAAGAUCCAAACAUAAAGAUAAGGGACUGACUUAUAAACAAGGUCCUAUAUACAAUGAAGACAGUAUUCCUUAUGAUUAUAUAGUGAUAAUUGAUGCUGGAUCUAGUGGAUCAAGAGUCUAUGUAUAUAACUGGUUGAAUCCUUUAGUUGGGUUGGAGAAGGGUAUAGAUUUCAGAAAGCUUGGCGGAGGGCUGAUCCGACUUGUCAAAAGAUUUCACUUGGAUCAUAGGGAGUUGGAAGAAAGAACUGCCGAAGAUAAGGAUGUGCCGGAAAGGGAACGUAAAACAACUACUGAAGUUCUGUCUAAAGAGGAUAAACAACACGGGAAGGAUAAAGGAAAUAAAGUAGACACUGAUGAUAAAGAAGAAUCAGAAGAUGACACAGAUAUCGAAGAUGAUCAGGUUGAUACCGAGGAACAUAGCAAUUAUGGUGAUUUAGACGCAAAUAAUGAUCACAAACAAGUUGACUCGGAUGGCAAGAAGGGGGUUUCCACGAAGAAACCAAGCAAAAGUAAACCGAAGAAAGGACUGAAUGCCAGGCUACCUGUUGUUAAGAAUGGAAAGAAAUGGCAUAAAAAAAUUAGACCCGGUAUUUCAUCGUUCAAUGCAUCUCCAAGGAAAAUUGGUAAUCAUCAUAUAAAAGGGUUACUUACAAUGGCUGCCUCGAUUGUUCCUAAAUCUCAGCAUUACAGAACCCCUAUUUUCCUUCAUUCAACAGCUGGUAUGCGGUUGCUUAACCCUACUGAGCAACAAACUAUCUUGGACACUAUUUGUGAGUAUCUCCAAAGUAAUUCAGACUUUUUUGUCCCAGAAUGUUCAUCCCAUAUAAACGUCAUUACUGGGGAUGUUGAAGGGAUAUACGGCUGGCUUUCGAUCAAUUCACUAAUUGGUUCUUUUGAUACUCCAGAACAGCACAAUCAUGGAAAGAAUCAUACAACGUAUGGAUUAUUGGAUAUGGGAGGAGCUUCGACUCAGGUUGUUUUCUCUCCUAAUUCAACAGAAAUUGAAGAGCAUCAAAAUAAUCUUUACAAGAUUAAAUUGUCCAAUGUUCCAACACUUUUGAAUGCUAAUGCCACUUAUUCCCCACCAGAUCCUUUAGAGUUUGAUUUAUAUUCUGAUUCCUUUUUAGGAUUCGGAAUGUUUCAAGCACACAAUCGUUACUUAUCUUUCUUGGUUGAUAAGUAUCGUAAAGAACAUAACCUUGGACCUGAAGAUAAGUAUUACAACACUAUAGGGGCUCCAGUCCCUGAUCCUUGCUUACCUCGGGGUUAUGUUUCCUCUGAAGUGAUUAACGAUUAUAAGGUUGAUUUUACAGGUGAAUCGGACUUUAAAGAAUGUUUAAACAACAUAUUCCCUGUUCUUUCCAACUCUACUUACAGUGGGACUGAUAGAUGUAAGCAAAUUGACGAACCUGAAGUUAGUUCUUGUUUGUUGAAUGAUUUAAUCCCAGCUUUUGAUUUCGACAUUAAUCAUUUCUUUGGAGUCAGUGGUUAUUGGGAUGCCAUCAACAGCUUGUUAGCUUAUGAUGAAAAACUAGGCAAGCGGAAGAAGAAGAAGAAAAAUAAGGGCAAAGAAAAGGAGAAGGAAAAUGAAGAAUCUUCGGAUCCGAAGGAUGGUGAAGCCAGUACUUAUGAUUACAAAGUCAUCUACGAUAAGACUUCAAAGUUAUGUGCUCAAUCAUGGAGUAAACUUCUUGAAAUGAAUAACAAAAAGAAAGAGAAAUCUCAAUUGGACCAAGAUGAACUAUCUGAGCUAUGUUUCAAGGCUUCUUGGAUUCUUAACUUUUUACAUGUUGGAUUAGGAUUCCCUCGAUUUGGUAUUGACGAAGCUACUUCCCAUGAAAAGCAAAAGUUUCAAAACUUACAAUUAGUUGAAUCACUUGGAGGAUCCCAAUUUUCAUGGACAUUAGGUCGGGCUAUUCUUUAUGCCAACGACGAAUACGUGCAAGCUUUCAACAAUUAUACCCUUGCUCAUACCACUGAGAUGAAUGACAAGUCUAGUGAUAUUACUCCUGUUAGAAGACCUGGAUUUUAUCACUCAGCUUCUUCAAGUGUUUACCGUUAUGGUGCUGAACAGCAAAAUGUUGUUAACCGUCCAGCAUUUGUUACACCUGACCCCCAGGCAAAGUAUAAGUACUAUGAUUACGAAAAGGGUGCAUUGGGUAACGAUAGCGAGCUGAAAUGGUACAUUGAACCACAUAGAUGGUACGGCAUCUUCAUACUUUCUUUCAUGAUGAUGUUCAUAUUUUGGUUAAUGCUAGGGAAAUCUGGCCGCAAUAGACUUCGGGAGAAAACUAGUCGUUUCACUGGUAAAGUUUUAUUCAAAUUCAAUCAAAUUGUUGGUGCCAUAACUAACAAGACAUUUUCUGAAGAAAUGCCAUAUUAUCCUGUGGCUAAUUCUAGUAAUCAAUUUGUUGUGGAGGAAGACUUGGAAGAAGGCUUGGAAUUAGCCACUAUUACCAAAAAUGGUAACAGUUCCACCGAUUCCCAAUUCACCAUUAAUAGUGCGUGA